AUGGCUUGGCCGAGUUUUUGCCUCCUCUUGGGCCUGGCGUCCACAGGCGAGAGUGCUACCGGCUUGGUGUCGCCCCGCUGGCGGCGGAUUCCGACAGGAUCGGUGCGGCCAGGUGGGUGGCUGAAGGCGCAGCUGGAGUUGCAAGCAUCUGCAUUGACGUCACGCCUGCCGUUCUUCUGGGACCAAAUAAAGGAGACUUCUUGGCUUGGUGGAAAUUCUGACAACACCGCCAACAUCCACCAAGUCACACCCUACUGGCUAAAUGGUGCAGUGCCACUCCAUCUGCAGGUGGAUAACCCUGUUUUGGCAGCAGUGGUCGAGGACUAUGUGUUUCGCAUUUUGGACAGGCAGGCUGCCGACGGAUGGCUUGGCCCGGAUACUGACCGGUCUGACUUCUAUUCCCGGUAUCCCUUCCUGUUGGCCAUGGUCCAGUAUCACGAGGGUCUUCCCGACGGAGAAAAGCGUGAACGUAUCCUCCAGUCGGUGCUGCGCUUUUUCGCGGUAGUGCGACAGAGGAUUGAUUCGGGCCUCUUGGUUACUAUCUACUCGUCCUUAAGAGCUCCCGAAUUCAUCUUCGUCAUCCACUACUUCGUGGACUUCUUGACUGCGUCUGGACGGGAUGCUCAGGACUUGCUCGAUCUGGCAGAGAAGGUUUACUACGGCUCUUUCGACUGGAACAGCAUGUGGUUCAAUUCCAGCUUCUUUCCAAGAACGCCCUUGCCAAAAUGGGUGUCGUCCGAAUCCAAUGGUGUGAGCAACGCGCAGGCUGUGAAGCGGGGGGUGGUCUGGGCCCGCCAGUCUGGUGGCACUGCCGCCGGCUUCGCGGAGUCUUGGUUCGCCUGGGAGCAGCUGCAGCGUUUCCACGGGCAGGUCCAUGGAGGCUUCGGUACCGACGAGCAGCUGGCGGGACGGAUGCCAUCACGGGGGAUGGAGCUCUGCGCUGUGGUGGAGUCCAUGUGGUCCAUGGCCCUGGCGGCCCAGCUUGCUCCAACGGACGGGCAAGCAGCAGAAGCUUUGGACUUUUUGGAGACCUUAGCUUUCAAUGCCUUGCCCGGAAGUCUCAGUGACGACCUUUGGUCGCAUCCCUACCUGCAGUUUGUGAACUCCUAUUUGGCAGUUUCGAACCAGCCCGAACAUAUUUGGGCCAGCGAUGGUCCACAGGCAGCCAUGUAUGGCCUCGUGCCGAACUUCGAGUGCUGCACCGCCAACUUCCACCAAGGCUAUCCAAAGUUUACUUCAAGCCUCUUCUUCGAAGAUCCCAUCGAACAGCAACUCAUCUCAGCCGUUUGGGCGCCCAGCGUGGUAAAUGCCAGUGUCGGGCAUGCCCACGUCGAGCUCCGCACUUCCUAUCCCUUCAACACGUCUCUGGAGUAUUGGAUCCACAAUUUGAAGCCCUUUGUUCUGAAAGUGCGCCUUCCUAAAUUCCUCCGCUCCGUGGCGGGCUUUGAACAGUCGCUGCACUGCUGGCUGGAGGGUCGCUAUGUACACCUCCUCAAAGAGCCGCAGUUCGUGAAGGACGGGUUUCUGCUCUUCCACAUCUCGGCCUCAGAGAGCAAUCGCCUUGCCGUUCGGAUCGAAUUCCCCAUGGUUCCUCGCGUUGAGAGAUCGGUCGACCAAGGCGUCUCCGCCUUUUUGGGACCCUUGUUGCUGGCACUGGACUUGGCGGAGCAGCAUCGCUCGGUUCACUACUACGGCUUCGACUCCUCGGACUGGAACAUCACGGCGAGCCUGCCCUGGCGCAUGGGGAUGCCUUCGGAUCCCGAGCUGACGGUGAGCCGCAUGGCCAAACCAGGAGAGAAGCCCAUGUCAAACAGGGACUGCCCGGUGCGGGUGGAGGCCACCCUCAUGGAGUUGGCCCCCGAAGACUGGCCCGAAGAGCACGGAGCACCGGGGCGCUUGAAUCGCAGCUUCCAUCCAAAAGCGCCCAAGGCCGUGAGACGAAGCCUGCUCCCUUACGGCUGCAGCUCCAUUCGCAUCUCUGCGUUUCCUGCCUUGUCCUUGUCGACCGAAGCCUUGUAUGCUUGA